AUGUCUGUCUUUCGAGGUGUCGACACCGAGCCGCUCAGAAGAGUGGUUGAAGCAUUGCGCAGAAUGUCACCCACGAGUACUCCACUAGAGGCGAACCCGAGCCCCUCGGUCUGCUCCUUCAUAUCUGGACAAGAUUAUCUCCAGAACCGUUUCAAGUAUGUUACCAUGAAGUCUGAGCUUCAAGAACGGAUCGACUGCCUCGAGGCAAAGAACGGAGCGUACGAAAAUCAGAUCGAGACUCUCCUCGGGGAGCUCAAACGAUGUGAGAAUGCGAAGUCCGCGCUGAUGCAGGCCGAACUUAAGGAUAUCCACGAGAAGUACCACCAGAACUUCCGACAGAUCGUCAACAAACUGGUAAACGACCUUGAUGCCGAGCGCAAGAACAUGAAUGCUUUGCAGAAGUCGCUCACGGAGUGGCAGAACAUUGCGAAUGGAAUGAAGAAGCUUCACGAUACGCUCAAAGUGAAGCAUCAACAGCUUCUGAACAGUACGAAAGAGGAGAAACUGCUUACGCAACAGCACAAUCCGGAGCAUUCUUCUCAGAUUAGGGAGUUGCAGAUCAAGGUUCACAAUCUUCAGACGGAUAUCAGCAAGCUCAAGGCUCAGGAGAAGAACCAGAAGUACAAGUUCGGCGAACUAACAGCUCGGAUUCUGACGCUGCAGAUCGAGAAGAGCCGCCUUGCCGAGAUUAACGCAUUGUCAGAACUGAAUGAAGCGAUUCUCCAAGAACGCAACGAUGCUGAGGAGAGAAAUACCGCGUUCCGACAACAGAUCGAACAGCUCAAGAGGGAGCUUGAUAACUCACAAAACUCCUCCGAGAGGGAUUUAGGCCACGAGAAAUCUACGGAUUCCGUUCCCAGACCCCAAUGCAGUUCGGAUGACAGUUUGCAAGCUGAAUUGGACCGUAUCCUUCCGGAACAGAAGAUAUACGCCCGGAACAACGGAUCCGAGCAUGACAGGGACAAUGAUGAGCCACGAGCCGUCCUACCGUCUGUUCCCCCUGCAGCCUCUAGAGAGAUCAAGUACGCCGUGAAUGCACACAACCGAGAGGAACCGAACGCUUUAACCAACGAGUCUGAAGGCAAUGAAGGAGAGGACGAGUGUGACAAUCCCGAGGGAUCUGAGAACCUCGAGUCCGAACCAACAAAAUCAGAACUGGAGGAGUUGGAAGGCCAUGAGGAAGAACUUAAGGUUGCCAACGACGCGAGAUGGAAUAAUAUGCUAAGGCAUUUGAAUCGGUACUUCGUAACGACCGUUAUUCCAAUCGACGAGGCAGACUUGCACCCUGUCAAUACUCCACCCGAGCCAUGUCUGGAAUUCAUGGAGUGUAUGGAGGAUACCGACUCCCUCGCUCCUUCGGAUUCCUUAUCACAGUAUCCGGGCUGGAUUCCUUUCUCGGACGAAACGGCGCCGGAUAAAUUUGAACUGAUCAGAGAGAUCAAGUUCAUUUCCGUCCCUGAAAACGUGUUUGAUAUCCGAAACGUUUUCAAGGGAAUCUCGUGUGGUGUGGUCGAGUCGAUCACCUACAGCAGAAGGAGACGGGAAAUAGUGAUACUAUUUGUUGACCCGAUUUGCGCCCGUGAGCAAUAUAUAAGGCUCUUCAACCGUCCCUUGUGGCUCCCCGUGGCGGACGGCCACCUGAAGACUAGUCUCAACUGGGACUAUUUUCAUUGCCCCAUUUCUCCGAGUCCUUUCAAGUGGACCAGAAAUUCGGAGCCUGUGUCGGAGGAGCUGCGAAAUGCUGUCUACCAGAAUGGUGUCAGCCGGGCAGUGUACCUGUCUGGAGAUCUCUCCGGCCUCUCGGUGGCCAAGGUCAUGGAGGAUGCCCUGUACCAGAUAAUGUCCCACACUGGUACCACUCGGUACCGGGCGUGGGACAUUUUCGAGGUGGUAGAGUUUGUCGAGGAGACCCGCCAGUACCGCAUCUUGUGUGCGGCGAUUCUUUUCGCGUGUUACGCAAAAGAGGGACUAAGUUCCCACCCUGACUACCAGGGUAUCGAGGUCGGUUUCGGUCUGGAUCCCUGUGACCGGCACCAGAUACUGGACGAGCUGCGGAAUCAUGUAGACCUGACGCCGGGCGAACUUGUGGCCAAGUUUGGCACCGCACUCUCUCCCGAUGAUUCGGACUGGCCCUGGGCCUUGCCUUCGAUGAGGGAGAAACAGUCCGCGAAGUACUGGGCCUGGAAGCAGGCGAAACUCAUCAGGGGCAUCCAACCGACCCCGAUAUCGGCGCAACGUCUUGCGGACGUUGUGAACUCGACCACACUCCCAUCAUCCGAUGAGGAUAUUGUGGCCGAGGAGAACGAUCAUCGGGGCGGUAUGGUUUGA